UUUAACAUUUUGAUUAUACCAGGUUACCCUGUUAUGGUCAUGGAUCCACAAACUCAAUUCGAGCAAAUGAAGGAGGAGGCCUUCUACUCCAUGGAGGGGCUGGGACGACUGAACCCCGAAAAACUUGACUUCUAUGUUGACUAUCUGAAGUUUCAAGUUGAGCAUGGUUAUUAUGAUGGCGAUGCUAAUUUGAACAUUCUCAAGUUGUAUCAGUUCUCACCAGAUCUGAUAACUAGAUCCAGCAUUGAUAACGUCCACUAUGUGCUAGUGAAGGCUCUGAUGCAACUCCCAAGGAGCGACUACGUGUUCUGUCGCGCUCAACUCUCCCAGGAAAUGAUAGACGAUAACCUGACGAAGAAGAUAGAUGAUGUGGCCACACUCUUGGAGACCUGCCAGUUCCCAGAGUUCUGGAAUGUGAUACAAGAAGAGAAGAUAUUUACAGAGAUGACAGGGUUCACGGAGUGUGCCAGGAAGUUCAUAUGUCACGUGGUUCAGCUCACAUAUAAAAACAUUGAGGAGGAUUUCCUAAUGCAGUUGCUGGGGCCUAGCGUCGACAAGGAUUUAUUUUUGGAAAUUGUAGCAGAGGAGAAAUGGGACCAUAAUGGGGACAGUGUGUUUGUAGGCCACAAAGAGGAGAUGGUCGAACAGAAAGAGAUCAUAGAGAAGAUGCCCAUUGAGGUUGUGACACCCAUCCUGGCUAUCAGAUAGAUUUUGUUUUUGGGUUGCUAAAUUAUUUGUUAUUGAAAUCUGACAAUUUUAUCCUAUUUCAUGCCUCCAUGAAA